CGCAAGUGCAGCUUCACGGCCAACUUGUCCAGCGCUCUUGUCUCGCGCAAGAUUCGUUUGUCUGUGUAGGUGCUACUCCGCCAUCCCCUCCGCCUUCCUCCCUACGACGCCGGCUGCCAACCGCGCUGUCUGAAGGAGCCUCCUAAUUCUGCAGCUUCAACCGAUCGCCUUUCGCCUGGCCCGACCAUGGCCGGCAUAGACGCCGAGAUGGCCUCCUUCCUUGAGGCGCAGAAGCAAGAGUACGACCCCGCCACCGCCUACUCUCACCCCGCAGAGCACUCUGCGCCUGCCGACGACGAGGAAGAGUACGACCCGGAUAGCGCUUUCGCGAACCCUGCGCACACGCCGUCCGAUCAGUCGGCGUCGAUGCCCGAGUCCACUUCGAACACCCCCCCUCCAGCGACGGAAGGCGCCCCGAAACCCCAGCCCGCGGAUGCCGCUGCUGCGACGACGCCAUCCAAGCAGCCGCGCACCAAGGGUGGGUUUGUCGACGAGAGCAGCGAGGACGAUGAGGAUAAGGUGCCGGUCGCGAAGCCGACCUCGGCUGGUUCUGCAUUGCUGAAUGCUUCUGGGGUUUCAGAGUCUCCGCAGCGAUCUUCUACUCUCACACCAAGCAAUACACUUGCCCAACAAGACCAAAUUCCGUUACAUAGUAGUGCACAGGACCAGGGUGCCGCUCAAGUCCCUUUUCUUUCAGUCGCUCCACAUGCCACUGCUUCCACUGGUGCUGCUGCUGUCCCCAAUGGAGCUUCCCCCGCUCCAGACGCUACUAAACCAGGUGCUUCAGAUCACUUGAAAGACGCUUCAGCGCGGCAGUCUAAAGCUCCCGCUACUCCCGUGUCUGCUUCUUUGCCGAAGCCUCGUCUUCCGCAGGACCGGGUCGGCAUCCUGGAAGACCGAAUUGCUGAGGAUCCACGUGGUGACAUCGAAGCGUGGUUGAGUCUAAUCGAGGAACACCGUAGGCGGCACAGGCACGACGAAGCCCGCGCUGUCUUCGACCGAUUCUUCAAAGUAUUCCCGACAGCUGGUGAGCAAUGGGUGGAGUACGUGAACAUGGAGACGCAGCUCGACAACUUCAAACACGUCGAGGCCAUCUUCCAGCGCUCGAUCAUGCAAUGUCCCUAUGUUGACCUCUGGUCGUCGUACAUCAACUAUAUUCGGCGUAUCCAGAACUUGACUACCGAUCAGACCGGUCAAGCCCGCCAGGUCAUUACUCAGGUCUAUGAGUUCGUGCUUGAGAACAUCGGUAUCGACGUCAACGCGGGCAAAAUCUGGAUCGAUUAUAUCGAGCUGCUCAAGUCUGGCCCCGGCAUCCUCGGUGGACAGAACUGGCAAGACAUGCAGAAGAUGGACACGAUGCGAAAAGUGUAUCAGCGUGCGGUUACCGUUCCAACCAAUGCGACCAUGGAGCUCUGGCGUGAAUAUGACAGGUUUGAGCUGAGUCUAAAUAAAGCUACUGGCCGCAAAUAUUUGCAAGAAAAAUCACCUUACUACGUGAACGCACGAAGCGCUAUCAAUCUUCUCGGCAAUCUUACGAAAGACGUCAACCGCACCACCCUUCCGAAGCUCCCACCAGCCCAGGGCUUCGAGGGCUUCCAGGAGUACAUGGACCAGGUUAAGGCGUGGAAGAAGUGGAUUGAGUACGAGAAGAGCGACCCCCUUGAGAUCAAACUCGACGACAAAGCUCUCUACAAUAAGCGUGUCCUCUAUCUCUACAAGAACGCUUUAAUGGCCCUCCGCUUCUGGCCUGAGUUGUGGUACGAAGCAGCUGAGUGGUGCUACCAGAACGGCAUGCAGAAGGAAGGCGAUGAGCUUCUCAACAACGGAUUGGAAGCAAACCCGGAGAGCUGCUUGCUAGCCUUCAAGAAAGCGCACCAAGUUGAGCUCAGCACCGGCUGGGAGGAUGGCGAGGCUGGUGUCAUCAAGAAGGGCAAGGCAGUCCGCGAGUCGCUCGACAAGGUCCUUGACGCCUUGUACGAUCUUACGAAUAAAGUCAAGAAUCGCGAAGAGCAGGCCAUUGCACGAGCGAAAGAAGCCUUCGCCGCGCAGCAGGCUGCGGAGGAAGCCGCCCGAGCGAAAUCGGAGAAGGGCUCAGACGAUGACGAUGAGGACGAGGCCCGCGCAGCGGCGAAGCGACAGCAAGAGAAGCAGGAGGCUCUCGACGCUCAGCUGCAGGGCAUCAGCAAGGCUGCGACUGCUGAGAUCCACACGCUCAAGAAGACUCUGUCUUAUGCCUGGAUUGCCUUGAUGCAGGCCUUGCGUCGGGUGCAGGGUAGGGGCGCGCCCAACGCAAUCAUUCCUGGCUUCCGAGGCAUCUUCAGCGAGGCACGAAAGAAGGGCAAGCUGCUGAGCGACUUGUACGUUGCCAGCGCGCUCAUCGAGCACCGUUGCUACCAAGAUCCGGCCGCGAGUCGGAUUUUCGAGCGUGGCAUGAGGUUGUUCCCCGAUGAUGAGAACUUCGCAUUGCAAUACAUCAAGCAUCUUGUCGAGCUCAACGACUUAACCAAUGCCCGCGCCGUCUUCGAGACUAUUGUCAGCCGGCUCACCCAGAAGCCGGAGACAAUCCACCGAGCGAAACCUCUCUUCGUUUACUUCCACAACUACGAGUCUCAGUUUGGCGACUUGGCUCAGAUUACCAGGCUGGAGCGGCGCAUGGCCAUGUUGUUCCCUGAUGGCCAUCAGCUCCAGCGAUUCACUUCCCGGUUCUCGUCCGCCACCUUCGAUCCUACGACGGUGCUCCCGGUUGUUUCUCCUCGAACCCAGAUGCGGCCGGCGAUGCCCGGUAACGUGAUGCCGACCGUUGAGGUGUCCGCGCAAAUGAAGGAGGAACGUAUCGCUUCUCCGGCUCUCCUCAACUCCCCGCGCCUUGGCUACCUGCUCCCAGCCACGAACUCACCGAAGCGCCCACUGGAAGAUGAUGGCGAGCUCAAUCAACCUCGUAAGCUGGUCCGGGGUGAAUCGCCACUCAAGGGCGCUGCAGGCCGUCGGUUGGACGCUGCGCGCCGUAACCAAGGAAUCAGUGGUGGGAACACACCCAGGGCGACCGGCCCAGCACCCCUCCCAUGGGGCGUCAACUUCAUGCUCGAUAUCAUUCCCAGCGCCAAGUAUUACAAUGAGAUGCGCUUCAACCCCGAGAAGGUGGUCUCUUUCCUUCGCAGCCUGACUCUCCCGCUUCCCGAGAAGCUGCAGCCUGCCCCAGCGCCUCCGGCAUCAGCGCCUCCUUCCGGCAACAUUGGAGCCCAGUUGCAGAAUAUACAGGCUCGAUAUGGUGGAGGAGGAGGUUGGUCUUGAGGGCCGCCAAGCUGUGCAAUGCGCGGAAUGGGAUAUCGGCCCGGUCUAUGACUGGCGAUCAAAAGCCGGUCGAGGACCUGCUAGCUCCUACUUCCAGUGAUCAGGAGAGUACAGGAUGAUGACUUUGGCAUGCCCAUCUGUGGGCUUUUCUUCCUUUGUUCAAAUCGGGCGGUCUAGGUCUUUCAUCAGGGAUUGCGAACCCGGACUCACAGCGUGGCGUUGGCUCUGGCUCAUUUCCCUUGAUCGAGACAUUCUGCACAACGGAUGCGGAUGCCCAUGUAUAGUAUAGCCUCGAAAGUAUCUAAAAGGACUUCCACUCGGAAGACAGCUAUUAGAGCUGUGAAUCACUUUAAAAAGACUGUGUCUG